AUGAGUAGACUGGUAAAGACAAUUACUACUCAAGGUAUGAAGAAAAAGGCUGUUGCCACUUGUGAGUGCACACAGACCGGACAGUUCUCAAUAAGAAUCAACAUGGUGCCUUUUGAAAUCCUUCCGAACUCGCUCAUGGCAGCAAAGCUCAAGGAAAUCAUCUGCAUUGUUGAUCAAUCAAACAUUAAGGACUUAUCGUUCGACAUAACAUGCAAGGAAGGUGGAAACGUUUCUCGUGUGUAUGCAGUCAGGAUGGCAUUUGCAAAGGCUGUGCUUGCAUUCUAUGGCACUUAUCUCGAAGAAUGGAAGAAACAGGAGAUCCAGAAGAGGCUAAUGGACUUUGACAGGUUCAGCCUUGUCAGUGACUCAAGAAGGAGAGAGCCAAAGAAGUUUGGAGGACCAGGUGCACGUGCAAGGUAUCAGAAGUCAUAUCGUUGA